AUGGGAACGCCAUUCUUUGUCGCCUGCUUGGUCUCGCUGUUGGUAAGCUCAGCAUCCCUGGGGAAAAUCAAAACAUUUGAUGGACUUGAAUUACCCGAUUUAAACGGACCGGCACCGGUUCCACUAUCGUUCGAGGAAUCUAAUUCUUGUGGGCGGUCAAUUAAACACUGUUCGCAAGCUCCAGGGCUUAUUAGUGUUCGCAAGUCGGCACAGGUGAAUCCGACGACGGUAUCCAUGGAUAUAUCGCGUGGCCAACAUUCAUCUGUUGGCUCCCGUAGGCAAAUAUCAGUUGAUCUAGGCUCAGAUGAAAGUCGAAAGCGGUCGAAGUUAGAACAUGUUCACAUGCCCCAGGCUUCGAUCCAAACUGAAGCACACAAACCUCAGAAGAGUGGACCAAGCAGCCCAACACAAAUUACCUCCUCCCAGGUAGAGAUAUCAGAAAAUGUAAAGCAGCUCAAUGAAGCUGGCCAAGGCAUAACACAAUCCACGAGCUACGACAGUCGGGGAAAAGAAACAAGCGAAACCACUCCAUCAUCUUUCAACGUUUACAAUUGGGAUUUUUUGAUAGCUCGCGAACUAGACAAUGACACAAGGAAUGAACCUCAGAAGAACAAACUAGUGCAGCUUUUUAAGACAUUCGGAUUUCAAGAGACUGGGGGUUUCUAUUGGGUUAACCCAAGUAAUCUCAAACAAUUUAGGAAAAAUUUCAAUAAACAGCGCCACGAAAUUCGCGGAAACAGUAAAAUCUAUCUGAGAGAAGAGUCAUUGGGUAAACUUGUGUUGACGCUAUCAGAUGAAAAGCUCGCACUCGAUCGAAAUCCAACUUUCCGCAAAAUCAUGUCUGACUUCAAUUCUAGAAUUGAAAAAAGAAAUGAAGAGCUUGAAACGCUAACAAAUCUUCCCAAAAUAAGCAACAAGAAAAUCAAAUCGAUACAAAACUAUAUAUCCAGUGUAACAAAGAUGAGCACAUUCUUAGCAGUCGUCCAUCUUUCGCUUUUCAAGCAACAUGAUGUUGGUGAUGGAGAUCAACUUCUGCUGAGCCAAAAAACAGUCCAAGAUAUCUUGCUUUUCAUCGAAGAUUUUUGGAUACAAGCUGAAUUAACCGACGGCCAUUUACCAUGGGAAAAAACAUGGGCUAUCCAGCUAUCCGAAAUGCUACGACUUCGAUUUGAUUUCUGGGAGAUUUAUCCCAUACGAGCGCAUUAUCACAGAGCCUGGAGUCUAGUGGAAUACUGGGCAAUCGGCCACGGGAAAAAAGUAAUAGCACGCGAUGGUCCCACAUUCCCCGUUGAAUUAGUGAAUAUCAUGUUGAUCUAUUUGAAUCCUGCCUUUUUCCUUAGCCGUCCUGAGAAAAACUAG